GCUAACACUACUACUACUACUAGGUUAGUUGGCGAAAGUACGACCUAGGUUGAAACUGCAGACUCAACCAUAUUCAGAUCCAGAAUAGAGGAAGAAAAAAGGAAAAAAUAAGGACCAAUAGAACUGAACUGACAACAUGGCUACUAGGAAUUUAGGAAAAGGAAGAAGCCGCGCACAGCACAAAAGACAAAGAAAAAGUAGGGCCACCUUUAAAGGAAUCUCUGAUGAAGACUUCAGACAAUUGCUGGUAAAAGUGUCUGAAUGGUAUGAUGACCGUGGGUACAUCGACAUGCUGAAAAUGUUGUACAGAGACAAUGCGACUGAUGUCUAUUUGUUAGAAAAUGCCUCUGACACGAUGACUUUGCUGCAAUUGCUUUAUGAUUCUGAUGAUCUGUCUCCAUCUGAUCUGACGCUUCUCUAUGAAACUGUAAAGGCAACUCGGCAAUUUGGUUUGGAACGGAUAAUUAAAGAUCAAAUACCAUCAUGUCCAAAUAUCAAGGAAAUCAAAAUUUCAAAAUUCAAGCCAUACAGACUAAAGCUGAUGAAUCUGGGAUUCUCACUGGCCAAGUUUGAUGUAGUAAAAAUCAGUGGACUUUAUAAUAAUCCAGUAAAGAGGUAUAAAGAUGGCUGGAGUCUGAUUAGUGAUAUGGAGCACAGAAAAAUAAUUUGUGAAGCAAAUAUGAAGGAGUUCAUUAAAAAGUUAGAGAAAAACAAUUUCCACCAAGCAAUCUCUGCUUUAUGUGAAGGUUUGUUUAGGCUAAGCUUUUUUAUAUCUUAUUUUACAAAUUGCCCACAACAUUCUGUCAACAUCUGGUUAUAG